AUGCAGCCAUUAAAAGACCCCCUUAAUGACAGGGUGGUAAAGGAGUCUGACCCUCCUCCUCCACUUCCAAUUACUGAGGAAUUGCUUUUCCCAAAUGGAAUUGAAGGCAAUCCUGAUUGGAGAGUCCUUAAAUCACAUUUACUAAGAGAAGGUCGUGUAAGAAAAGAUCAUUUAUUGGAGAUUGUUAGAAGAACAUCUGAAAUAACUAUCAAUGAAUCAAAUCUUUUAAGAUUAAGAGAUCCAAUAACUGUUGUUGGCGACAUCCAUGGCCAAUAUUACGAUCUGGUUAAGUUAUUGGAUGUUGGAGGAGAUCCUGAGAAUACACAGUACCUUUUCUUAGGUGAUUAUGUAGAUAGAGGAUCUUUCUCUAUUGAGGUAUUACUACUAUUAUAUUCACUAAAGCUGAAUUAUCCCGAUACAGUUUAUUUACUAAGAGGGAAUCAUGAAUGCAGACAAAUGACAACUUUCUUUAAUUUUCGUGAUGAAUGUGAAUACAAAUAUGAUUCUACUGUGCAUGGAUGUUUUAUGGAAUCUUUUGACACACUACCAAUUGCUGCAAUUAUUAAUGGAAAAUUCUUUUGUGUUCAUGGUGGACUUUCUCCUGAGCUACGUUCAGUCGAUCAAAUAUUAAUGAUUAAUAGAUUCCAAGAACCACCGAGAUCUGGACUUUACUGCGAUAUUUUAUGGGCUGAUCCAUUUGAUGAAAAAGACGAAACCGAGACUCCUGAAGAACCUUUUGUAGCUAAUGAUGUUCGAGGAUGCUCAUAUUUUUUUGCUACUCAAGCAAGUAAUAAGUUUCUUGAUCAAAAUGGUUUGCUUUCAAUUGUUAGAGCACAUGAAGCACAAUUAGAAGGCUUCAAGAUGCAUAGUCCAAAUGUAAAGACAAGGUUCCCAUCUGUAAUCACAAUUUUUAGUGCUCCAAACUAUUGUGAUGUUUACAAUAAUAAAGGUGCCAUUCUAAAGUUUGAAAACAAUACUUUAAAUAUACAACAAUUCAAUUUCUCAGCUCAUCCAUAUCACUUACCUAAUUUUCUUGACGUAUUUUCUUGGUCUCUUCCUUUUGUAUCAGAGAAAGUUACUGAAAUGUUAUAUUCUAUUAUUCAACCUGUAGCUACAUCUUCUUCUGAACCUGUAGAACUUGAAGAGGAAGACCUCCCAGACGAUGUUCGCAGAUUAAUGGACGCAUUUUGUAUCAAUGAAGAUGGAAGAUUGCCAGAGGAAGCUGCUAGUCUUGGACCUUCAAUUAUUAGAUCUGCACAACCAGCUUCUAGUGUUAUUUCCAAAGAGAGAGCCGAUACUCUUAGAAAGAAAGUUCAAAGUGUUGCUCGUAUUAUGAGAGUCUUUUCAACUCUAAGGGAGCAGAAUGAACUUAUUGUUAAGCUCAAGGGUGUUACUCCUGGUCAUAGAAUACCCAUGGGAUUACUCCUUGGAGGAAGAGAUGCUCUUGAAAAUGAAUUGGAAAAGUUUAAUAAGGUUAAAACUAUGGAUGCGUACAAUGAAAGAAGGCCUUAUUGA